UGGCGUGUGUGUGAGUGUGUGUGUGAGUCAGUGUGAGAGCAGUGUAUCGGUUUUAGUGUUACAUUCAGACCGUGUGUUUAGUCUCGUGGUCCGAGCUCUGUUCCCGCCUAUUUCUCAGGCUGACUCCGGCAUGGCGCUCGGCUUCUCCCCCGUCCUGUGUCUCCUCGCAGGGUUUCUGCUCCAAGCUGCCGGUGAACACUUGGUGCUUAGCCCUCCUAGACUGGUGGUGGAGUAUGGAGCUAAAGCUACAGCUAACUGCUCUACUAACAUCACACAUGAGGGAAUGGGCUGGGAAGCCUCGCAGGGACCAGUGGACAUGAACGAAAAUGUUCAGCUCAUCACCUGGACAGUGGAGAGACUUACACACUGGGAUAUAAAGCCAUACUGCUUCAUAAACUCAGCUACACAUGGACAACAAAAAAAAGAACUUCCAGUUGUUAUUUACAAGCGUCCAGAUACAACCUCCAUCAGUCUGGAGAAUCACACAGGAUACGUAAUCGAGGGGAAAAACUAUACACUUAAGUGUGACAUUAAAAACGUCGCUCCUGUUCAGUACCUUAAAGUCAUGUGGUACAAACAUCAGUCUCUGAUGAAAAGUACCUCCUUUACUAACACCUCCAUCGAACCACUGAACAGCUCUGAUAACCUCAUGAUCCGGCCUAGCAGAAAUGAUAAUGGAGCUGUGUACUGGUGUGAGGCACAGCUGGAACUGGGACCAGACGGACCACAGCCUCCUCUUUCUACGAAAUCAAAUCUGCUCCUUAUUUCUGUACACUACAAGCCGAUGUUCUCUAAUAACACAGAGACCAUAGAAAAGAAAAAGAAGAACAUUGUCUUAAACUGCACUGCCCAAGCAAAUCCUUCUCCUACGUACUCCUGGGACGAAUCUCAUUCUUCAAAUUCCUCAAUUUCCAUUUCUGAUUCAGGAAACUACACCUGCAAGGCAUUAAACGACUAUGGCGAGGCAACGAAAGUCUUCAUCGUCAAACAGGAACAACGUAGCAACACCACUUUCUGGGCUAUUGUGGGGUCUGGAAUAGCCCUAGCGGUCCUGCUUAUUGCAGGUUAUGCAAUCUAUAAGAUUAGGUCACGCCAAGGGCCUUCCAGCUACAGACUGACACCCUCUUCAGAAGGUCAAACGUUACCCUUAACACAUAAGGGAAAAUAAAUCUGUGUACUUUCGUCACUGGUGAUGUUGUGCUGUUUAAAAGACGCACUGAUGCUCAUUCUGGUACAGCGUUGAGUAACAGACAUCAUAAGACAUAAUGCCAGACAUGAUGGCAAAGCAGAGACUGUCUGAGGGUUCGACAAACACAAGCUGAUAGAGGAGAGAGUCUGCAACUGUCACUAAGCCUGUGGGUAAUGUGACUGUGCAGCCUUAACUGUGCACUUACUUUAUACCUACAGUUUUUAAAAAAAAACCCGGUUAUAAAUAUUUAAGGCUGUUUUGCAUUCCUGAAAGGCUUAUAAAAUAAUUCUGAGCAUUAUUUCACUAAUAACAGGUGCUUAUCUGGGACUCAGACACAAGCACGCAUCAAUUUGAUUGAACCACUGCACUGUUUAAAUUCAGCAAAUUUAAAACCGAAAUGUUCUGCAGCUUUUAACAGUAAGAAAACAAUGGGGCAAAAUAAACACUGGGCCAUUUUGCCCCGUCACAGCUGGGUCACGUUUCCACACAGACCUGCAAGUAGCGAGUAGAGAUCUGGCACGAGCACAUGGCUGCACUUUCACUUUCACCUAAUGUGUAAAAAAAAUGGUUUGAACAAUUAUUCCAAACAUUCUGCUUCUCACAGUUAGUCCUGCAGUAAGGUAAGGGCAAAGCAGCUCUAGGGAGGAAACUCAGCAUGAGGUGAUAUCUAAAAGUGCCAGACUUCAGACUGCAAAGGCUUUACAUUCAAUUUAUAAUAGUUUGUCCUAUUAAUUCCCCUGUUGUUAAUCCCCUUGAAUUAAAGCUGAAAGUCUACAGUUCACUCACUCAGGCACAAAUACCAAAUGUCACAGUUCAAUACUUAUGGACCUGACUGUAGGUUUCUGUUUGAUAAAGUGCAGUUUUAUACCAUAAACACAUUAGUAGGCUUCUCUCCCUGUUUCUGCAGCUCAGUGUUUGAAUCUGUGAAUCUUUAGGAUGUGACUGUGAUCUUCACUCCUCGAUCAGUAAGCGAGUCGAUGUGUCACAUUUUACACUAAACUGGAAAUUCCCAUUCCUUAGUCUCUGCUUUAAAACUGAAUGCAUUAAAAAUAAUUCGACACACACCAGCACUUACACCUCUAGUUCAUGUAAGCUGUAUUAUUAUGUCUGAUACAAAUUUAUUAACUGAUGUACUGUAUAAAUACUGUAUGUUCAACUGUCUCAGCACUAAGCUUGUUUGUGUGCGUAAUUAAUCUUUUGUUGAUUAAUUUCUGUGGCCUUCAUAAAAAACAAGCUUGAA